AUGUCUUCUGCCAUCGAGUCUGUCGACAUUACCGAUGCCAACGCCGUCGCCGCCGGCACCAACAAACCUGUUAGAAGAGUUGUCGCCGGUGGGGUGGCCGGGAAGCUCAUGGGCUACAAGGCUAUGGUCAACAUCACCGCCGAUGAACUAGCAAAGGAAAAUUUGAACACCCUUCUCGCCAGAGAUAGAGAAGAAAAACUCAAGUAUUCCAAACAAAAACACAUUUCUGAACAGCCCUGGACUUUUGGUAACUGGCAUCAACAUGUUAACUGGUUGAACUUUGUUCUUGUUCUUGCCAUCCCAAUUAUGGGAUUUGCCUUGGCCACCCGUUGUCCAUUGCAAUGGAAGACCGCGGUUCUUGGGGUCACUUUGUACAUUUUGGGUGGGUUGUCUAUCACUGGUGGGUAUCAUAGAUUAUGGGCUCACAAGGCUUAUUCUGCACACUUACCAUUGCGUUUGUUCUACGCUUUCUUUGGUGCCGGAUGUGUUGAAGGGUCUAUCAAAUGGUGGGGUCACUCUCACAGAGUUCAUCACAGAUACACUGACACCAGACGUGAUCCUUACGACGCCAGAAGAGGGUUCUGGUACUCUCACAUGGGCUGGAUGUUGGAAAAACCAAACCCAAGAUACAGAGCCAGAGCUGACAUCAGUGACUUGGUUGAUGACUGGGUGGUCAGAGCUCAACACAGACACUACAUCAGUCUUAUGUUGUUUGUUGCUUUUAUCUUGCCAUGUUUGAUUGCUGGUUACUUCUGGAAUGAUUACUUAGGAGGUUUUAUCUAUGCCGGGAUCUUCAAAGCUUUUGUCAUUCAACAAGCCACUUUCUGCGUCAACUCUUUGGCCCACUGGAUUGGUGAACAACCUUUUGAUGACACAAGAACCCCAAGAGAUCACAUUUUAACUGCGUUUGUCACUUUUGGUGAAGGUUACCACAACUUCCACCACGAAUUCCCAUCUGAUUACAGAAAUGCCAUUAAAUGGUAUCAAUAUGACCCAACUAAGAUCUUGAUCUGGGCUUCCUCGAAAAUUGGAUUGGCUUACAACUUGAAGACAUUCUCUCAAAACGCUAUUGAACAAGGUUUGGUGCAACAACAACAAAAGAAAUUAGACAGAAUGAAGGCUUCUCUUAACUGGGGUACUCCACUUAGUAGUUUGCCAGUUUGGGACAAGGAGUACUUCUUUGAAAAAUCUAAGGAGACUAAGGGACUUGUCCUUAUUUCAGGCAUUGUUCACGAUGUCUCCGGAUUCAUUACUGAGCACCCAGGUGGAGCUCCAUUGAUUAGAACCUCUACGGGUAAAGAUGCUACCACCGCCUUUAGUGGAGGGGUUUAUGCACACUCGAAUGCUGCCCACAACUUGUUGGCCACUAUGAGAAUUGCAGUGAUUAAGGAUGGUGAUGUGGAUGCAGACACUUUCAAAGUGCAAGAACAGUUGCUCAGAAGAAAGAAGGGUGAUUUUUAG